AUGGAAGAAAAUAACAAUAAUCAAGUUUAUUUAAAAAGAGAUGACUGGAUAAAAGAAAAGCGAAGCUGCUCUUUUGAGAAAUAUCGAAUCAGCCUGAUUGUUCUGACGGCGAGAAAAAUCUUCCAAAUUGCUUACUGGGCGCUUUUGGGAUUUCUGAUCGGUGAAAAUUUCCGACUUGCCAAUGUCAGAAAAACGACGGAAAUCACGGUCAGCUUUUCUAUCGAAGAUUUUCGUCGAGAAAUAGAGAAGCUACAGAAACAUAUUUCAAUCGUCGACAAUUCGAGAUUUGGCUUUGAUGAUUUGAAAGAAGCAAACGGAGAGACCUUUUUCGCCGUUUUGAACGUCCAUACUCAGUGGGAAAAGCAAUGUCAUUUCGAAGGCCCGCUGGUGAUGAAGACAAAUCCGUUGGUUCAUGAUUUGAUGGAAGAUUUUUCGAACGAAACGAGAACGGUGACAGUGCUUUAUGGAAGAAACAGCUUGAUAAGAAAAGGAGAAAGCAAUGAAUAUUUGUACCAGAAAUUGGAGAAAUUUGCUUUUGUUCGCGAAAAAGAGGAACUAACGCUGAAGAUUGGAGAAAAUCGCUUUUCACAUGACAGAAAUAUUGUCAAUCUAAUUCUACCACUCAAAGGAAGAAGCUCAACUUUCUCGAGAUUUUUGAAGAACUUUGAAAAAAUGCGACAGAAUCAAACUGUGAAACUGACGCUUGCGAUUCACGAAGAUUCCCUUGAAUCAACUCAACUUUUUCUUGAGAAAAACUAUCACCCCUUCCUUAACUCUGGAAUCAUCAAAAUCGUACCUUGCAAACUAGAGCCUUUCAGCCGCGCAGAAUGUAUUUCGAAAGGAAUCGACACUCUUGAAUUAUCCGAUCUUUUCUUCAUCUGCGAUGUGGACUUGAUUCUCAACGAAAAUGCGAUUCAAGUUGUCAGAAGCUUUAGUGCUGAAAAUCGAAUUUUCUUCCCAAUCAUUUUCAGUGAGUAUGAACAAUCCUUCGAAGAAAGAAAAAUAAUCGCGGAGAAUCAAGGCUACUGGAGAUCGACUGCUUAUGGAAUGGUCGCGAUGACAAAGCAAACUUAUCUUCAAACGCCUGGUUUCAAUUUGAAUCUGACUGGAUGGGGAGGAGAAGAUGUUCUCUUUGCUGAAGAAAUAUUGAAAUCAAAGAUCGAGUUCUUCCGAGGAAAUGUCGUGGACAUCGUCCACCCGUGGCACCCGAAAAACUGCUCAUUAUCGAACCAAAAGCACUCAGCAAGCUGCCUAGCUGUCCGAGCUUUGAAUAUGAUGUCGUCAAAAAAUCUUCUGAAGAAAUAUUAUCAAAGUUCAUUUAUCAAAAAUUGA